AUUGCAAGUUUGUGGAGGUAGAAGGCAGAGAGGUGCUCUCAGGAAAUAUUGAAAAUGUUCCAAUCAAAGAAAAAGCAAAGUUUCCACAGUAUUUCUUCCCAGAGUUCAAAUGGUCACGCAAAGGCUUCCUAAGAACCCGAUGGAGCAUUAAUAACUGUAUAUUUGACCUUGUAAACAUUCAUCUUUUCCAUGAUGCCUCCAACAUUGUUGCAAUGGAGUCUAGCCCUUCGGUGUAUUCAGGAAACCGACAAAGAGCUUUAUUACAUACAUUACAAAGGUUUGAAAAUGAUAAAUACAGCAAAGUUCCAUUGUUCAUAUUUGGAGAUUUCAACUUUCGUUUGGACUCCAAUAUUCUUAUUAAGGAACUGACAAGAAAGUUAGUGGCGUGCCAGACAAAGGGUAAAAAGGACCAGGUGAACAAAAUUGAGUACACAGAGGAAGGAAAUGGAAAGAUUGUUCUGACUAUUGGAAGCAAGAGUUUUGACUACUACGAAAAGCACACAGAUCUGUUUGCCAACAUGAACAAAUGGUUGCAUCAGUUUGAUACAGAAUUCUCCUCCUUCAGAGAUCGACUCUUUGAGUUUGAUAUUUCAUUCUCCCCAAGCUACCCUUUCUGUGAAGAUGUUGCUGAUGGCAUAUCCUACAUGAAAACGAGAGUUCCCUCAUGGUGUGACCGAGUUUUGCUGACACAUUCUGUCAAGGAUAUACUCAAUCAGGAUGCCACUAAUGCAGCAGCCUAUGAUUUGAUAGGCAAAGACGUUUGCAUGGGGGAUCAUAAGCCGGUUUAUCUUGCUGUUCACAUGAAACCUGGAAAAGGUAACAGGCUGUCAUCAGUGGCGCCAGAGUCUCCAACAAUCAACUCUCUUCCUGUGCUUGAGCGAAAACGCACUCGCACUCUGUCUAUUAAUGGUGAACCCGUGGGUGGCCUUGAUUUAAACAGAGUCAAUCUUGACCUUUCCAGGCUUAACAUACAUGAUUACGCUGUGUUCGAAAAAGAAAAUGACCUAAUCCCUGAGUUUAGGGCUAGCAUUAAGAAUAAAAGGAGCUUGGAGGGGGAUGCAUCAGCUUCUGGUCCUGGUGUUGUUAGGAAACCGUCGUUUCAAGACGUAGCUAGAAAAGUUUGUAGGAUGGAGAAGGUUCUCCUCAAAUGGCCAGGGCGGCCUCGCAGUCGCCAUCACAGCUCUUCCUCAGAGGAUUAUCCUUCUGAAGAAGGUGGAGAUGUACGUCCAGACUACUCUCAAGGUGACUCAAAGACUGAAAAUGUCAGUACAGGUUGUCUGUUGGGCAAUGAGGAAGAAAAGCUUAAGAAUUCUGUCUCUGGGAAGGAAAAUUUCUUCCCCACGGAGGCCAACAAUAAUCAAAAUAGUUCCUUCUCCAAACUGUCAGAUGGUCAGGGAGAGAGCACCAUUACAAGUGACUCGGGCAUAACCUUAGAGAUGAAGUCCCCUGGAAGUUUUGCAGCUGAGCAAAGUAGUGGGGCAGGGGGAUUGAGCCUCAAGCCAGGAGAGCAAGUUGAUUGUGGAGAUGUUGGCGAGAAGCCCCUGGAUGUUGUUUUGCUUGCUGAGCAUAGUGGUGAAGUGCAUGUGGACUGUCCCCCACCUCGCCCCUGCACCCCUGUGUCAAACAGCCAGCCUGGCCCAGCCCCAGCCCACAAGGCCAGUGAGAAGGCUGACACUGAGGCUUCGGCAUCUUCUGCUGGGUGUUGUCGCUGUGUUGUGCUAUAAAUCCUGACUCUUCCCUACAAUUUUCGCUGUUGUUCUGUUGUCCCCUACUCCAAAAGCUGAGUUGUCUGCGCUUCCAGGUACCAGUGAUAUCAUCAUUCCUAGCACUCAAGUGAAAAUUUCUGAAGUGGACACCACACGCUACAUCCACAUCCGACAAGGCGAGAGCUCCACCAGAGUGUUCAGAGAGACGUCAGUAUGACAGCCCACAAGUCCCCUGCUAUUUAUCCACUGCAGACCCUGCCCAUCUCCACCACGUGCUGUUUUUUCUCUUUUCUUUUUUUUUGUUUUGUUAUUUCCUUUUCAUGAAAUUGUGAUCAUUCAGUUCUGAUCCUUGUGCAUUUUGUUUUAUUUAUGAGAAAAAGAUAUAUUAUACAAUGAUUUAAUUUGCGAAUAUAUGUUAUUUCAAAACAAAGACUCAAUUCUUCAAUGCAUGUUGUAUGAAUGCUUGUUUGAUGAGAAUUCGGGAGUAUUUCUACUAGUAUAAUCUUUUAACAUUUCAUGACAGAAAAUGAUGACUUCAGUUGAUUGUUGCGAAUCAUCCUUUGCCAAUAUAUGCGCAUUGAAAAUGUGGGAUUGAUGGGAAAAUUUUAGUGAUCAUUGUUUUUAUGUUUAAUCUAAUUUCUCUUCAAGCCCAUUUUUUUCCGUAUGUACCCUCACUGCCUUGUGCAGCUCAGUAUUUGGGUCAGUGCUUGACUAUAAGUCACAGUUUUCACCUGAGAAGAAUAAUAUGACAUAAGUAUGUCCCAACGCAGGCUUUCCUUUUCUAGUUUUAUGUGAAGAUUAUUGUAGUAGAAAAGCUCUAUAGUUAUUAAAAAUAAAGAUCUUGUCUUUUGGGGCGCAGUUGUGAACCAAUAAAGCCUAACUUUUUUUUGCAAACCAAAGCUAAAUCUCCCAGUGUGAUUUGUUAAUUGAGUGUGCCAUGAUUCCAAGUUUUAAAAAAAAAAAUGGAGUUGGUGAGAGGAGGGUAAUUUUAUAAAUAGCUCUAUCACUUAGUGCCCUUGGAAAGAGUAUUAAGUCUUCAAGGGGAUUAAAUUAUUCUAAAUUGAGUAUUAGCUGUAGGUCUAUGCUUGGAAUGUAGGACCCUGUCUUGGAAAUAAACUAUAAAUUUUACAAUUUAGUUUCAGUGGUCUUAAGCAGCAAAGUGGCUCCAUUUCUUCAAUUAUUUAAACCUGUUAAUGUAAUCUUAUUCUUGUUAUAGUGACAAAAAAAAGACUUGUUGUAAUGCCACUGCCUGGAACUGUUUGCAUUUGAAUUUUGUAAAAUGUAAGUAAUGAAGCAUAUAAAAGAAGUCAAAUUCAUCUUUUUGUUGAAAGAAUGCGUGUAUAGAUGUUGACCGAGGAAGCGUUUUGAACAGUUGACUUGUUGAAAUCCUGUCUCGUACCAAAUUUUCUGAAUAAACAGAAAAAAAUAGUAGAGACAGCAAGGGUAGUAUUGUGUUUGCCCAUGCUGGGUCGUGACGUAAACUUUUAUUUUUUAUUGCUCAAGAGCAUUUCGAGAUAGUUAUUUCGAUUUAUACUCAAAUAAAACUCAUUAUACUUGCUUGUACAUAUAUUAUUUACAAACAGUUUGUGAAGAGUGGAGAUAUUUUCGACUGCUGCUUAAUUGCUGUCUGAUGACUGAUUUUGGAGACCCAGUGAUAUGUGAGCCUUUUGUUUAGUGUGUCUUGUUGCUAGUGUUAUGUCUCACGUUGAAUGUUGCUACUGAUAGCUUUUUACUUUUCUUCUGUACUUGUGUUAACGUCCUGUCGAUGCUUUGCAAUUCCUGAUUAAGCUUUCACAUUAAUAGUUUUUGGUGAUGAGAGAUGGCAAGUUGAAAGUAUGAAAAAGUAAGGGUUGGGAAUGUUUCAUAUACACACUGUGAAAUUUAUAGUGCUUUCCUUUCUAUCUUGUGAGACAGCAUCAAAACAAAUGUGAACCCAUGAGAUUUCUGAGGUACAUUCAGGCAGCUACUUUGAUUUUGUUCAUUCUAGUGGACAGAUAAUCUGAUAAUUAAACAUUUUGCAGAUGUUUGAUGUGGGCCGAACUAACAAAGUUUAGAAAAUUUACAUCAGAAAAACCCCUCCGUCCAUAAUUACAUACUGAAACAUUGUUUGCAAGCUUGGAGGAAAUAUUGCUAACUUUUAAAAGGAGGAGGAGCAUCAUUUGGUUAAAGCAGAAUAAGUUCUGCUUCAGUACAGAUUUUUUUUGUGUUCACCAGAUUUGAACUAUUUUAAGUCUACUGCCCUGUUUCACUUGGACUUCUGGCAUACUACUUAAGUGUCAGCCUGCCCAUGUGUCAGUCUGCUCUUGUGUCAGUCUGCUAGUGUGUCAGUCUGUGUUAGAUUAUGAAUCAUUUUCUCUUGGCCUCUACUGGUCGUCUACUUUACAUGUGAGUACUUUUUAGACCUGCAUUUGAACACCUCUUCUGGGUGAGUCAUGUUUAGGAAUAUCCCAUUUAGAUUCAGACUGGUGGGAAUUUUUGUGAAAGACAGGAAUGACAAUAAAAGACAAUAACAUUACCCUAAAAAGUGUGUAUUGUACAGUUUUUGAAAAGGCUGUACCUCCGGUGUCACUGCUUUCCAAGUUCAAUACCUCCUGUUUGGGAUUCAACAUUGCUCUGAUUGGUGCAAACUCUCGUUAGUCGACUCAGAAGAUGGGUUUCAUGUUUCUGUCUGUAGUACUGAACGUCAGGACAUGUAUUAGCUAAUUGGCUUAUCUGUUGUAAUUAAUAUGUAUAAUGUUAAAAGGAGCUGUGAGCUUGUAUCGUACUUUACUGUAUGUAACAUACAGCUGCGUGGGGAAACCAGUUUCGCUUACACUGAUAUGUUAAAUGCUAUGAAUGCUCUGAGAAGAAACAACAUGCAGUCACCUAAAAGGGAAAUAAUGAAUUUUGUCCUUCAAUAUAUUGUGUGAGUUCACAGCAUGGUUCAGUCCCAUUGAAAGUAUUUGUCCUUGUUCGGCCAUAAAAAAUUUUCUAAUUCUCACCUUUGUUGACCCACAUUUGUGAGUUGAUGGUUAGGCUCUUCGCUGUGGUGUGCAAAGGACAUGAGUUUGAUUCUCGAAUGGUAUUUUGUUGUUGUUAUAAAGCAGCUUUGGCUUUCUGCUAAGAUGCAGUAUCCAGCUCAGCUGCAGUUGGCCUUGUUAGGCUGAAACAACUGACAUCCUAAAUUAUCUAAACUGUUUGAAUGGGGGCAUUAAUAAACAUUUACAAUCAUUGUCACCUUUGUUCAAGGAUAUAGCUUUAAGAAUGGUGAGAUUUGAGCUGAGGAAUGUGAAAUAGGGCCUAUAACUCUUUUUUAGAAAUUGCAUUGUAUGUGUUUGUUUCCUUUCCCAGUACUACUUGACAUUUGACUGAAAGAGAGUUUGGAAUGAGAGCUUGCAGUUUUGUAGGAACUGAUUUUUAUUAAAGGCCAACUGAGUAAAGAUGAUAAGCUCCUUAAUUUACACUUCUAAGAACCUCUUGCAAGAACAAUAGUAUUAUAAAAAUAGGGACAAGUUUUCAAACUUACUCCUUUACAAGAUGACUUAAUUAUAGAGUUUGUCAGCUCUAUCUUUCAAAAUGAGACUGACUUUUAUUGCCUCUUUUGAAAUUUAGGAAAAACUAGUUAUGUUAAAAGUGGAGCAGGAAUGAAUAUGGACUUCUUUUCAAAAGCCGGAGCGUUUUGCUUCCUUGAUUGUGAGGAAUUGGAAGUAGAAGAAAUUAAUUACCAGAUUUUCAUGAGUGAUUUGUCUGUGUGUGGGGAACAGGAAAGUAACUUUAACCAGUUUCUUCCAUUAUGCUUCACGAGAUGAGAGUCAAAAGUCAAAACUGUUUUUCAAGCUAGCCAUGUCAACCAAAUUUUCUGAUUUUUGGAUGACUUUGCAGUGUUAGCUUUGUGUGGCCUGAAGUGUUUUUUUCUUGUUUGUUAUGUCUUUUUUUGUCUUGCUUACCUCUCCUCCUCCGCCAUUUCCGUGCAAGUGUUUUCUUGUGUGUACGCUGUUUGUUUAUUGAUGGUUCUGGGUUUUAUCAUGUCUGAGAUGAAAACAGUGUUUUCAUGUGUUUACUCCACACAUUGUAUUAGUACAGACAUGUUCACUUGGCAAGUGCAAUAUGACAAAGUUAUAGCCUUUUUACUUUUUUAAAGAAUGUUUUUUUAUAUAAAUAUAUAAAUAUGUGUAUGCAUUUUAGUUAUACUGUGAAAUGCACAUUGUUGUGAUUAUGACCUGAUUAAAAUAGGUCCGGAUGCUUUUACUUGUAUCUCUAGUUGAUUGUAAACAUUCACAUCAUAGAAAGUAAUGUCUGCGAAACGUCAGUUGUGUUCUUUAGUUGCAUAGUUUUUGCGACAGGGGGCACAUUUAUUAUGUAUUUGUACCAUUCUUUUUGAUUGAUCUAAGUAUUUACCACUAAUAAUCUUGCAUGUUAACCAUUUUUUCAUCGAUUUUCCUGACCUAUGUCUCAGAUAUCUGUACUGGUAUUCAAGUAUCCUGACACAGCUAUUGCCUAAAGUGGGCAGUAUGGGGUUGUUACAUGGCUCAAGUUAAAGGAACGGACAAAAAUAUUUCAUAAUGCUUCAUUUAUGCUUACAGAAAUUUGGUAGGCAAUGGUGGGUUAGUAAAGUUACUGCUUACAUUAACCCCUUCCUGACCUUUGUGACGUACACCGUUAGUCAUAUACGGCGAAGGAGCUAAGACGCUGCUGUGACGUAUGGCGUUCGUCAUGCUUAGUGAAGCUGGAGAACCAUGAUGACGAAUGCUGUUCGUUAUAGGUUGUAUUCUGCAUACCUCUUGUAGUACAUGAAUUUAGUGAAGCUAAUCGCAGAUUCCUAUUCAGCGAUAUUUUUUCCCAUUGAAAGAAAUCUUAGCCUUUUAGAGAUAGUAGUUAAACUAACAGGGUCUAAUUAUAGGCAACUGACCCCUAAAUCUAGCGCUGCUCUUUGCCCCUGGAGAGCACAAAAUGACCCUGUGUCACGAAGGGGUUAACAUACAUUCAUGCGAAUGCCAGUGAUGGUUGACAUUUCUGGUCAGCAGCUCUACAUCUUUGCUAUCCUGUCUUGGUUUCUUUUAGUUAUAUAUUUUAGUUUUUUUUACAAUGAUUAAGUGACUGAUAUUGUAUUGACAUAAUUCUUUUUAUCAUACAUAUUAAUGCUUACAAAGUCUCAUACCUUGUUUGUGGUUUUUUAAAAGGAUGGUCUGAUAGUUGAAUGGCUUUGAAAAAAUAACAUAUGCUCUUGUAGUCAUUGUGUUGAUUCCGUCUACACCUUCAGCGCAUUGUCGCAGUCAUGGUGGUGACUGUUGAGGAUAGUGACAAAAGUGUAAUGUUUGGUUUCUACUUUUCAAAAAAAUCUGAGUUUUGUUUGUAAGUGUUACAAGUACACCAUGGAAGUUUCAUGAGUUAUUAACGAUAUACAGAGGUUUUGAUUCAUGUUUUCUAAAAAAUCAGUGCGCCAGUAUAAGAAGUGGGAUUCUGUUUUCUCCCUCCACACAUGUAAGUGUGCUAUCUCCCCAUGUGGGUAAAACAAAUGACAAUAUACCGUAAAUAGUAAUGGGUUUUUGCUGAAUAAGUGUAUUAUGGUAGUUUAAGUUCAGGAAGGUACAGUAUUGAUUUGAUAAAUACAAAUCAGAAGUAGAAGUGCUUUAAAUAAGAAUGAUGUUUCAUUGUUGUGUGAUUUUCAAAUUCGAACAAUUGAUUGCUUGGUGUUUAAACCCAAACUUUUCUUUCUUUGUUCUCUAAGAGCCAUGUAUUCUCAAUUAGAAAAACGGAAACAUGAACUUUUUGUUUCUGUUAGUGCUGAAGCAUUGUAUUCGUACCCAUUACCGAUGCAUUGACUUCAGAUCUAAUAGGCUUAGGACUUUUGUGACUGCCUGUCUGUUAUGUUCUUAUUUAUACUAUAGGGUAUAUUGGAACAAGUGGGUUUUUUUUCCACAAAACAGGGACAUUUUGAAAUAUGUAUAUAGAGUGUUCUCAAAUUCCUACGUGAUGACCCUUUGAGUGUGAUUCUUUUCAAACUAGUUGUUUUAAAUUUGUCUCUAUUUUUGUCCAACUGAUGAACUUCUGUCUCUUGAAUGUGGGCUGUGUUGUGCUCUUUGGCUCAAGUACAAAGUCAGAUGGUUACUUCUCUUGCUGUGUAGAUUGUGUAAGGAUGGACAUGGAAGUCGGAAGUCUUGUUUGUCCACAACUUUUCAUCUCAUAGUUGACUUUUCAACCUUUUCCUUCUCUGUCAUUCAAGCUACUGUGAGGCUGGAUAGGACUGCUUCUUUUUGAUCUAUCAUCCUGAUGUGUAAGUAGUCGUGCUCUGCUCUUGAAUCCAAACAAAAUUAUAUGCAAACUUUCAGGUAGGCCUACUUGAAUUUACCCAUGAAAGCAUGCAACCUGAAAUAACUUGUGUGUAGAAAACUGUUCAAAUGUUCAACUACACUGAUCAAUGUACAUAAAUGUCAUGAAUACGUGUCUCUAUAGGCUGCAGGGACUGAUGCGGCUACAUGUCACCAUAGCCCUAUACAAUGGCCAUCUUAUGGACUUCCAUUUUGUACAUAGACACACUGGCCAUGUGCAUAGUCACGUGUUGGAUUUAUUACAGCAGACUGGUUGUAGUCUGCUAUGUAGAAUCUCAAGCCUCUUUCUUCGCAUAAUACAUGAUUCUAUAAAUCCAUUAGGUUUUUCCUAUACUAGGGGUCUAAAAGUUCAAUGAUUGACUGCUGGUUUCACAAGUGCGUAAAUGGUAUCAGCCUGCACCCUGCCCUUCAAUUAUGUUGCUAGAGACUGUCUCAUGCCAGUCACAGGAUCACAAGCUGUCCAUAUCCUUAAUAUCAAAUUUUGCAAGCCCUCAACAUUUUUGUUUUCUAAACAAGUAAUAGUUUGUUUUGAAUGAAGACGGAUCAAGAAAUGGAAAUUUUUCUCCACAUCUCACUGUGGUAUGCAGUUUUGCUCCUUAAAUGUUAGUUGCUGGCUUUAAUUUGAUUAGUCACAGGAUGAAUGAGUGGGCUAUAGGCCCACUAUGAAGGGCUGGUCAUUAUUAUGAGAAAAUUUCUAGCGACAUAUUCUUGUACAGCUUCAGUAAAUUGGUUUUGCUCAUCAUAUACACCCCACACACCAGUACUACUUUGAUGUUUGUUUGCAGUGUGUCCCAAGGCUAAACUCAAAAACACUUCACCUAUUUGUUCUUGUGUUGCAUUGUAUGUGUCUGAAGACAUUGUACCAGGUAAGAUUCUAAUGUUCUUAAGUCGCAUGACUGACAUUGUUUCAGAGUAUUGGCCAUGUCAAGUCUCACAUUUUAAAUUUUAAAAUAAAUUUUUCAGUUUCAUUAGCCCCAUGCCCAUUUGUAUUUUUUACAUCUCAGGUUAGCAAUGGUUAUUAUAUUCAGUGUUUUCUGAUUUGUUGAGUAUUAAACUUAUUUCUCACAUGAUGGCUGAUUUUUCACCCUUCCAAUUGUAACUGGGCUGCUCAAGCUGAUUUUAUGGCAGAGUAGUUUUGUACUCUGGAAAUGGUGUCAUUAUCAACCAUUAUGUACAGAUUCCAUAGUGAAAACUUUACAACAGCUAAAUUGACCAAGGGACUUCUGCUGAACAAUGGAAAUACUUUCUAUUUGGCCAGUGAAUACACAAGACACCUGGUGUUUUCAGUUGACCCUGGUCAAGAUAAUUUCAGUGUCAAGAAUGGCCGAUCCGCUGUCAGGGCUGUCAUGUUUUUGCCUUAAAACCCGUAGAAAUUUGAAGGGUUCAAAUCAGAUGACGGUGACCUAGAUGAUGAUUUUGCAGGGAUAUCCUGUGACAGCGAUACUGAUAGCUUGAGUAGUGAUGGAAGAGGAUGGUGGUAAGCAUGAACCAGUGCAAUAGCACAGAAAUAGGCCUAGACCUGGGAUGGAUUGUGUACAUGACUAAGAGAUAUGUAGGACUGAACCUGUUACAGUUUACAGAGAGAAACAGUGCUCUAUAGAAAGAUGCCCCAAGCCCUGCCAAAGCUUUCUUUAUUUUUGAUUUGAUCAUUUUUAUUCCUCCUAUUUCAGUUUUUAGUUAUAUCACAAGUAACGUGGCCUCAAAUAAAAAAUUUAAAAAAUCAAAAUCAUUCAUAAAUAAUCCAUCAAUAUUCUGACCUGUAACAUGACCUUCUAUUGUAUAAUACAGGGGGUAUACUUUUCCUCCUUUGCUGCCUAUUUUCGCAGACUGGGCGUAUAAUGCGGAGUGCAUUUCUAAUAUGCUGGAGGGGUUUCAACAUGCAGUAAGUGAAGUACUAGUUAACUAGUCAGGAUUCAGACAUUGUGGAGUCUUAUUUUUUUAGAACUGUUGGUUGUUGCAGUGAGAUUGAUUUAAUCCGCAUAUGCAAUGACUUUCAACUUAAAGCAAGCGUCAUACCCUUCCCUCUACCUUUUCGGACGGGCCCCUAUGACUUGAAAUUCUGGAUGUAGAAGGAAAGCCAACUACCAUGGUCAAAUGUUCAGAAUAAUUUAAUGCAAAAAUAGUGAGUACGACCCAGGUAUUACUUCCCCUUUGUUGAGCCUGAUCCUGACUGUGUAUGUGAUCUUUGGAAAACUCACUCGUAUUACUGGCGAGUUAUAUAUUGUUCUAUUAUAUUAAAUUUUUUAAUGUUGUUGAAACUUGGCAAAACCCCCCUAUCUCUCUCUCUCUCUCUCCCUCUCCCUUCCUCUGUGUGUGUGUGUGUGUGUGUGUGUCUGUUUCCAGUGUGGUUUUGACAAUGCAUGUAUGACACAACCAAAAAAAGAGGUUUUGUUUUUGUUUUCACAUCUUCUGUCUGCCUUGUGCCUGCUGAAUGCCGAAAGGAUGAAUUGGUUACAUGUUGCAGUCUGGAAAUUCUACCAUUUUUCUUUCCUUCUCCAGCUCUUUUUUUUAUUAGUUGGUUUGCUGUUUGCUCGACAUCAGAGAGCCCCUGUAGUGUCCUCUGCUUGUGGGUUGUUAGCGGGUAGUCUGGUGUGGUUUGUAAAACUCUUACUAAAACUAGAAUGAAAAGGCCUGCUGAAUUUCGAAGAAUUUGUACAAGUUUAUGGAGCAACAGUUCAAAACCUCCGGUUGGUUGCAUGAUGUUGUGGGAGCUCUUUUUGUUCAAGUUUUGUUGUGAUGCCAUUUUAUUGUCCAAAAAUCCAAGUGAGGUAGGAAUAUUGGUUUAUAUCAGUUCCUCAAACUUCUCUUUUAGUCUUUGGAAGAGGUUGUUCAAUCCAAUUUCUUUUCUUCCUGGAACUUUGAAAUAUAAGGUUUUGGAAAAUUUAGUUUAACUUGUUCGCACCCUUACAUUGGGCAUCUUUUGAACUUUAUGCUGUCAGUAUUUGGACACAGAAUAUUUUGUUUGUGAGGAAUGUAAGUAUUAUUUUGUCAAAACAACUUUCUUCAAGAAAACAUUGUAAAAUUGUAUUGGUUAAAUGCCGCUUUCAACACAGAUGGGACUAUCAAAUUUACCAUUCAUCUCUUUGAUUUGACCAAUCCAAAUUGGUGGAAAGGCUUAAAAAGUCCCCAACUCUAUCGAAGUCCCAUUGAAGAUUAGAACUAAGGCCAUUCACUAUGUAUCCCAGCGUGAUUCUAAAUGGGCUAUUGGUGAGCUCCAUAGCUCUAGAUCAAAUGCUCGUUUUAUCAUAUAUUUGGAGGGUCAUCAUGGUUCAAGAGAAUGUGCGCUGUCUUAUUCUUAUUUGAUUUGAUUUUAGUGAACAUGAAUUGGGUGUUUGUGGUUGAUGGGGUCUGUUAUCUUAUAUCUUGUCCCUUUGAACUGACUGUUGUUUUUAUUUGUUUCAAGCCUAUUCGACUGCCAUAAUGUUGAAAUGCUUACUCUCAUCUGAAAUUUCUAUUUUUUUGGUAGUUUAGGGGAAACUGAUGCAGUGCAAAAAA